AGGGGCGGUCCGCGCAUGCGCACCGUGCCCUGCUCGCGGUGAGGGGCGGAGGCGGGAGGCGCUGGGAGUUCUCGUGAGCGGCGCCUUCCUGCAGCCUGCCCUCGGCCGCCGCCGGUUCCGAGGCGAUGCUGCGGGCCUGUCAGCGAGCGGGGGUCGCGGUGGCCGCGCAGAACUGCCGGUGCAGGAGGGCAGCGCUCCGUCCGCCACGACUGAGCUGCGGAUAUGCGACCACGUCGGGGGAGUCCAGCGGUUCUGUAGGCAAAAUCAUUGGUGCCAGCGUCUUGUUUGUGGGUGGAGGAGUAGGGGGAACCGUCCUGUAUGCCAGCUACGACCCACGUUUCCGGGAGAAUGUAGAGAAAGCCAUUCCCUACUCUGACAAACUGUUUGAGAUGGCGCUCGGUCCUGCGCCUUACAGUGUGCCCAUGCCAAAGAAACCGGUACAACAAGGUCCACUGAAGAUCUCAUCCGUAGCAGAAGUAAUGAAAGAAUCCAAACAGCCUGCUCCCAAAUCCCAGACCAGCAAAACAGAAGCUGUUGCUCCUUCAGAGGAAAAAGAAGCAGGCACAGCUGCAGCACAGAUCAUCUCUGCAACAGGGGUAGCCGUGUCGGUGCCAGCUCCGGGGAUACAGACUGAAGAAGAACACGAGGGCUCCCAUGCUAUAAAAGAACGAUCACCAGACGAAGUUGCAGCUCGUCUUGCCCAGCAAGACAAAGAGGAGCAAGAGAAGAUCUCAGCCCUUGCAGCAACGUUGGAAGGAGCCCUGAGCUCUACGGCUCGUAUAACACUUCAGGCAAUCACUGCACAGGAAUCUGCUGUGCAAGCAGUGAAUGCUCACUUGCAGAUACUGAAGGAGGCAAUGGAUGACUCAGAGAGCGCUGGGGAGAAGAAAUCAGCUCAGUGGCGCACUCUGGAGGAGGCUCUGAAAGAUCGAAGGAGGGCAGUGGAUGAAGCUGCUGAUGUCCUUCUGAAAGCCAAAGAGGAGUUAGAGAAAACAAAAGGAGUAAUUGAGAAUGCCAAGAAGUCUCAGAUCCCAGGAGCCAAAGCUCACAUUAUUGCUGCAGAGGAAAAUCUUCAUCAUAUGAUAGUUGACUUGGACAACGUAGUGAAAAAGGUUCAGGCAGCGCAGUCUGAGGCCAAGAUUGUGGCUCAGUAUCACGAACUUGUGGCUACAGCAAGAGAGGAGUUUCAGAAAGAGCUCGACAGCAUCACCCCCGAUGUGCAGCCGGGCUGGAAGGGGCUCAACAUAAGUGAUCUAGCUGGGCAGCUGUCAACAGACGACUUGAAUUCUCUGAUUGCACACGCACAUCGUCGCAUCGACCAGCUGAACAAGGAGCUGGCUGAGCAGCGCGUCAGGGAGCAGCAGCACAUCGAGUUGGCCCUGGAGAAGCAAAAACUUGAAGACAAAAAGGCACUUGAGGCAGCUGUGGCGAAAGCACUGGAGCAUCACAAAAGCGAGAUUGAAAUAGAACAGGAGAAGAAGGUUGAAGAGGUCCGAGAGGUGAUGGAGAGCGAAAUGAGGACGCAGCUCCGGCGGCAGGCAGCUGCCCACACCGAUCACCUGCGGGAUGUUCUUAAGAUCCAGGAACAGGAGCUGAAGGUGGAAUUUGAGCAGAACUUGUCGGAGAAACUCAGCGAGCAAGAAAUGCAAUUCCGACGCCUUACUCAGGAGCAGCUUGACAACUUCACGCUGGAUAUAAACACUGCCUACGCCAGGCUGAAAGGAAUUGAGCAAGCAGUUGAGAGUCAUGCAGUAGCAGAAGAGGAGGCCAGAAAGGCCCAUCAGCUGUGGCUUUCUGUGGAGGCACUCAAAUACUGCAUGAAGACAGCCUCUGGUGACAGCCCCACAGAGCCACUGGAGAGCGCAGUGAAGGCCAUCAAGGCCAGCUGCUCUGACAACGCCUUUACAGAAGCCUUAACAGCAGCCCUCCCCCAGGAGUCUCUGACACGAGGAGUGUACAGCGAAGAGGCCCUCAGAGCACGUUUCUACACAGUCCAAAAACUGGCAAAAAGAGUGGCUAUGAUUGACGAAACAAGAAACAGCUUGUAUCAGUACUUCCUGUCAUACCUGCAGUCCCUUCUUGUGUUCCAUCCUCAACAGCUGAAGCCGCCAACCGAGCUCAGCCCCGAUGACCUCGAUACCUUUAAAUUACUGUCUUACGCUUCCUACUGCAUUGAACACGGAGAUCUGGAGCUGGCAGCUAAAUUCGUCAACCAGUUAAGAGGAGAGUCCAGGAGAGUUGCACACGACUGGCUGACUGAAGCUCGAAUGACCCUCGAAACCAAACAGAUAGUGGAUAUCCUGACAGCAUACGCCAGCGCUGUGGGGCUGGGAACAACUCAAGUGCAGUGAGCUCGGACUGUUGGUUCAGAGGCAGUUCAGCAGUUGCUCACGCUGCAGAGAAACCCAAUGACCUCCAAGGGUGAGCUCCUAAGGGUUGCAAACCAACCAGCUGGUGGGGGCGGGCUGGAAGCGUUAAAGCGUGGGUCCCGUCCUGUUUCCUUGCACUGUAUUUAAUUUACCACCUGUUGUAUUUGUACCGGUUUUGCGUUAUCAUGACCACCGACUUCAGGAAGCUUCUUCACAAUCUGUGUAACUAUUUUGUUUCCCCAUCUUAUCAAGCAGGCUUGUGAUCCAACCAAAAUGUUUGUAACCUAUCAUUAUUGAUUUGCCACGUUGUCAGCUGAAUAAAAUAAGGCUUCAACCACUC